AUGAGCCCGUGCGUAGUAGCGAUUCUAGUAGCGGCUUUCCUCGGUUUGGUCGCUGGGCAUCCGGGAGGACACGGAAAAUGCUUCGCCAACCUGACCGCCACGGUGGACGAGUGUUGCCAAAUUCCAAUGCUCGUCGACAAGUCCGUGCUUGAGUCGUGCAGGAAGGAGUUUCCUUUCAAGCAUGAGCACGGAAAAGGCGCUAAAGGACAUGGUUCUCAUGGAUCGUGCAUCUCUAACUGUAUUCUGACGGCUAUGGGAGGUUUCAAGAACGACAAAUUUGAUGUCGCAGGUUUCAAGAAGUCUGUCGAGAAGGUGGCCAAGGCCAAUCCCGCCUUCACGACGCUGAUCGGUCAGACGAUCGACCAGUGCGCUGCGUCGGCCCAGGUCGAUUCCGCUUUCACGAGAGAGCCCCCGUCGGAUGAUAAAACUCCACCCUGCAGCAUCGCCCCGAAAAUAUUUGUCAACUGCGUCUACAGCAAGCUGUUCGAGAAGUGUCCCAGCUCCGCCUGGACCGCCAAGACGGAGUGCUCGGCGCUUAAGGACAAGCUGAAGUCAGGAUGUCCCUACUUUGCCCUACGAAAGCAUCCCAAGCGUGAGGACUGA